GUUCUAUUUAGAAUAGCACGCGAAUUUGAAUUCGCCAUAUCGAUUACUCUGCUACUAGUUAACAACUUUGUGCGCAUUUCUGCGUAUUCGCCGGUUGAUGGGCGCUUUUACUUUGGCGGAUGUUGGCAAAAUGGAGCGUUGUCGAAAUUGGUUUUGUGCGCGUAGUAAUAAUAAUGACUAUGCCGAGGUAGCUGUAAAUGAUCCGCUAAAAAAUCUAACCAAUUCCAUUUCGGAUACAAUACGUGACCAUGUACGCGACAUGAGUAGUAGUAAUGGUGGUACCGCCAUAACCGCACAAUCAGCUGCCACAGCCACAGCCACAAGCACAGUCAGCGCCACCGCCGCAACGGCGGGAACGACAAUGUCAUCAUCAACAACGGCCUCGCAUGUGGUAACCUUUUUGGAUGAUAUUGGUGCGAGCGGCAGUAAUGGUGCGGUUACGACGAGUAGUCGUGUUGUGAGUCACACAGAGUUGCAUACACCGCUGGCCGAUGGUAAUUUAGAUGUUAUCGAAGCGGUGGAGGAUUUCGCCAAUGGCACGGGCAUCGGUUUGUCGCUAUGCGAUGAUAGUGUACCGUCAUCGAAGAAUUGCUAUCGUCUCAUUAUGUUGGGCUCAUCACGUGUGGGUAAAUCAUCGAUUGUGGCACGAUUUUUGGGUAAUCGCUACGAGGAGGCAUACACCCCAACCAUCGAAGAUUUCCACCGAAAACUCUAUCGCAUACGCAAUGAGGUCUAUCAGUUGGAUAUAUUGGACACGUCGGGCCAUCAUCCAUUUCCAGCGAUGCGGCGUUUAUCCUUCAUGACAGGCGAUAUUUUCAUCCUAGUCUUUAGCAUGGAUUCACGUGAGUCCUUCGAAGAAGUAGUGCGAUUACGUGAAAAUAUACUCGAAACUAAAUGGACAGCGCUUAAUCCUGGAUCGGGAAUGAAGAAGAAAAGUUUGCCAAAAAUACCAAUGGUUAUAGCUGGAAAUAAAUGUGAUCGUGAACCCAAAAAAGUUCAACUCGACGAGGUGAUGGGCUAUAUUGCCGGCCAGGAUAAUUGUUGCGUCUUCGUCGAAUGUUCGGCGCGACAAAAUUUCCGCAUCGAUGAUCUCUUCUAUGCUUUGUUUAUGGUUUCGAGUUUACCAUUGGAAAUGGCACCGAAUCAUCAUCGACGCGUAGUGUCCGUAUUCGGAGCGCCAUCGCCAUUGCCACCACACACGACUGCGGGUGGAUCGAAAAAGAAUGCACUCUCUAUAAAGCGACGUUUCAGUGAUGCCUGCGGAGUGGUAGCACCGAAUGCGCGUCGACCCAGCAUACGUACCGAUCUAAAUUUGAUGCGUUCGAAGACGAUGGCCAUGAAUGAGGGUGAUGGAGCGGGUGUGGCGCGUAGAAAUUAUUGCGUAUUAAUGUAAAUGGCGAUAGUAGUUAUAUGUACAUACAUACAUACAUAUGUAUGUAUAUUUGAGCGAUGAUUUCAGUAUGUGAUACAAAUCGUAGAGCGUUCUAGUUAAACUCAAGCACAUAUUUAAGUAUACAUACAUAUACAUAAAUACAAUACUAAUAUAUAAAUGAAUACAUAUGUAUUUAUAUGUAAGCCAACAUAUUAAUAGCUAUUUAUAAAUUAAUACUUGUACAUACAUAUAAUGUAUGUACAUACAUACACACACAUUUGUUUAGACUAAGAUGUUUGGAUAUUUCAAUAGUGGUGAAUCAUCACUUGUAAGGUUUUCAAAAUUAGCGAAGAAGUUUUUGAAAGUAUUUAAUACUUUCCUAGAAUAUUUACAAACUAACUAUUUCUCAAAUUAACUACCAAUACAUAUAAAAAUAAUAUCAAAAAAUAUUUAAUAUCUUAGCUUAAAUCAAAAUAACCAAGUAACUAACUAUUUUAAUCAGACACCGAAAAUAACCGUCAAAUAUCACGAUUGGUAUGCUUAGAU